ACCGUCCCAAGUCAUGUUAUCCGGAUUGACCCAAUUCUGGGGGUCUAUAGGCGCGAAUGGAUUCACAGGCGCGCUUUGGCGACGCACGACAGCAGCUGCCGCAAGCUCAAGCAUCGUGCUCAAAAUGACAGCCAUUGAGGCGCGAUGAGGGCUUCGGAUCGCCAUCAUUUACCACAAAGCUUUGGAAGGCAGAUGAGCAGGCAACAGGAAGAGCUUGGGAAGCGGAGGUGAGAGGAGACCCUUGAAGUAUGCUAACGAGAACCCGGACCUGCAUCAUCAAGAUUGAGUUGCCUACCCAUGAUGCCGACUACGUAAGGCAAGACAGAUAUCAAAGUAAAGUGCAUAUGCGGCUGCCUCUUCCAGCUAGGUUAGUCCGUUCCACCGUCUUGGCACGCGCGCACCUGCUGUUCCCAGUCUCCGAGGCUGGGGUGGACGAUAACGGCGUCGCUUGGUCCUGCACUUUCGUCGAUCUGAUGGGUAAUUGCGUCCAAUGUGACGGUUACGUACUUGACGUAAGCUUUGGUGGUGCCGUGAACCUUGGUACUAUGGCUGCUAAAGCUUGUCCGCACCGACCACGGCGAUCCCUUCCGCCCCGCUUGAGACUUGCCGGAAAGCUUCAAUGUUUUAUCGUAUCGCGGAUGAUGGGUGAUAGCACGGGUAUAGCUCGGCCGCUUGAUUCUGCGACUACGGGCGGCCCAGAUGUUGUGUUUACUUUCUCACGCCACGACGUACGUCAUUGUGCGGAUGCCUCUUUCUUGUUCGACAUCCUUUCGUGCUUUGGCCAUAACGCGGCCACAGAGCGCCCUGCAACUCAAACACAGCGAAGUACGGCAUCUCUGGCAAAUCUCCGAUGCACUUCCUUGUGUGUCAAUAAAGGAUGGCCAGGGGCUGGGAAAGGAGGGUUACAUUGUCUUCCCAGACUUGGCUUAGCAUGUCUGAUUCCAUGAACGGCAGAUUCUCACGGAAUUUUUGAUAUUAUAGACAUACAUCCAAGAUAUGCAUCGCGAUUAGGCCUACUUUCCAACGGCUACGGCGACUGACUGUGAUUAGCCAGCACCACGCAGAUG